AUGACUAAACGACACGCCUGCGACACGCAUUCGCCGCGGGCGGAGCGAGCAGCUAGAACGAAACGUCGGCGCGCAACCUCUACUGCUAGCACAACUUCUGUUCAAACGCCGGUGAAGCGGGCCAGGAAGAGAGCUACGCUUUCCAAGGCUCCCGCGAAGAAACCUGCGUCUUUUCCGACCCUAGAUGGGGCACCAGAAAGUGCGAGCAAGGUUGAAUUUGUGGAUCGCCAUGGCAUUGCUGAGAUUAUACAUGAGCGGUUCAGCGGAGAUGCUGCGAAAAAGAGAGCGAGCCUGAAGAGGCUUCAGAAUUUGUAUCACGGGAAGAAGUUUCCGCAAGAGAUGGCCGAGCAGGAGAGAAACUGGUAUAUUGAGAUGCAGAGGGAGCUUAGUUCAUGUAAGGAUGAGGGCCAGAUCUCGUUCAAAGGCCUCUAUCCCUCCCUCCGCCAAACCGUCAUUGAAUCCAUUCACACGGAAGCUAAGCUCUCCAAAAAUUAUAGUAACAACUAUGACCCCGUCGUUCGCCUUCUCAAUCUCUCCUUCGAUGACCUUGAUACAAUCCUCUACGAGAACUCUAAGAUCUGGGAUAACGAUAAUGUUCCGCCGCAUCUCCAGGAAUUAAAGAGACUGGCACCAGACGAUCCGAUUAACCCGGACACGCCGCCGCCUGGAGAAGUGAAGAAGGCAUUUAGGUAUUUGAGGAAGGAGGGCCUACCAGGUAGCUUGUUAGGGGAGUGGCAGUUUUGGAGGGACAGGGUGGAUUUGAAAGAGGAUAGAGAGGUGAUGGGAGAAUUAGGAAACGCUAGGAAACGUGAAAAUGUCGAGCUGCAGGCUCAGUUACUGGCUGCAGCAAUGAUGGUAUCGACUGCAGGCACGGUUUUCGGGACAGUGACUGGGACGCUGAGAGCUGCCGAGGGUGACGAGAACAUGCCAGUGCUGAUCCAACCAGGCCGAAUCAAGAUCCAGGUGACGGAGGCGAAGAGGCAAAGACGUGCUGUAGGUUGGAAAGAGAACCAAGCAUCGCAAGACCCGGAUACAACUGGAACAGUAGACGCUCCGAAGGAAUGCCCAAAAGAAGCAGUUAAUAUAACUGCUGGUCCUCAUCCCUUAAAGCGCCCGGCACGGGAAUCCCCUGCUCCUAUCCCCCGAGAAGGCCUCAAUUCAUUUGAUCCAAUGGACUCACUUCAGCAGAGAGUUGCACAACCGCCUUCGCAACCAUACGAUCGACCUUCUGCAUUUUCAUUGCUGAACCUUUCUACCCUGGCCUCGGCCAAUCAGCCAAUGGUAGGAGCCAGCGCAGGAGCAUAUUCCCAAGGACAUUCAGAACAGAUGGCGCAUCUGCAACUAGAAGAUCCCAUGUCUUCAAUGAAGAUACCGGCCGCUCCAGCUCGCCAAGCAAGCAAUAUCUUGGAACUAGCUAUAGAGACGCAGAAGUGUGGUCAUUCACAACAGCCUACAGAUCCACAUACUCAGUGUCAUGGGUUGUCUUUUCACAAGGAUUAUAUGCCCGUGUCGCGAGCUGGGCUGGCUCAAGGAGGCACGACUGCAACGGAGCAAUAUGGCUACCCUCAUCUACCGAUGGAGUCAGGUACCGAAACUAGCAAUCCUUUAGUAGCACCGCAACAUGUCUCAACCGCGGUAUCUCAGAGUCUACAUAUGCCAGCAGAAAUUACGGUGCAAAAUCAAAACAGGGUACAACCGCCUCUACCACCAUCUCUUACACGAAACACUUCCCCCUCUUCAUUGGGCCCAAUACUUAAAUUCCCUACAUCCGCUCAACUCUGGCAAACACGCAACUAUCUCCCUCAACGCAGAGUAACUCCUAUUCCGCCCCCACACCCGAAACAUCAACAUCAGCAACCUCGAGCUCCAACUCCCAACAACAUCAACACUUUUAACGCUAGCACUGGAGAAGGAGAUGCAAUCCAGCGACCGAAAACAAAACUACUACAGCAGGAUUCCUAUCCCCUGAGCUCAAACAUCCCAUAUUUCCCGACCAACCAGCUAUACCCACGGUUGCGCUCUGAAGCUCAACCUCAACCUCGCACACCGAGAUUAAACUUCCCUAAUCUAGUGUACAUGCAUCCAGGACACCAUGCUCUUGUAUCUUCGUUUCCACCUUCGCCUGUCGCGGCCAUAGCUACAGCUACAACUACAGUGGUGCAUAGGAAGUCCGGGUCGGGCUCAGGUUCAAGGCUAGGGCUGCGAGAGAAGGAAGCUGAGAUACAUAGUUUGCAAAGACGAGGGGUUAAGGGAGACCAAGGGAGUCAAGAGGGUAAGAGUGGGCAAGGGGUCAGAGGAGAAAGGGGAAGAGGAGGAAGAGGGAGAGGAGCGUCGUACCCACGUACACCCCAGGAAUUCUUCUCGCAAGUGCAGCAGGCGAGGUUGAGGAAUCAAAUGAAGGUGUCUGAGUCUGAGAACCAACAACAGCAUAGUCCACAACAGCAGCAACGCUAUGUGCCAAACUACACCCAUACGCCAGGAGGUCGAGCUACUGGACAACAUCCAACUCCUAAAAUCCACCGGCACGGUGGCAGAUACAAGCAUAUUCAGAGUCAAGUCCGACCUCACCACCAACAUCACCAUCAUCCCCAGAACUGUACCCACAACCACCACCACCACCACCAGCAGAACCACGCACGCCACUUCUCACAUCCCGCGCUCCCUUUUCCUUCCUCCACCCGCCACACCCACCACAUACCCAUAGCCCCCCGCUUACAACUCCCAACCCAGCCCCAGUUUCUCCGCACCUCGUCCCAAGCACAAGUAGCAUUUUCCCAUUUCCCUCCCGUCCCACCCGCAACUCUACACUCCGCCGACGACGCAAGCCGUCCUCCCACGAGUCAAUUGGAAAGGGAUGGAACGCGGCGGAUAGAGUUGGAUUAUCCGAAUGGCUGGAAGAGAGCGGGAUGAGCGUGAGUGUCCUACACACUGACCCUAGGUGUACGUGGGGAUGGAUGGGUGGAUGGGAGUGAGUUGGAUAUGGACACACAUUGAAUUUGGUGUUUUCUAUGAAUAAUAUUCUUGGCGCGCAGCUCCGUAUCUGUGUUUCUAUAUUAGUGGUUGAAGCUGGAGUAUGG